AGUGGGUGGCCACUCUCACUGCAAGCGAGAUGAUCAGGUUUGCGGAAAGCAGCAGUCACCUGCAAGGUGUCCUUGGCUAUGCGGAUUGCGAAAAGCCCAGGGUAAAGUGAUCUGAGCAGUGUGAGCCUGGCCGCUGAGCCCAGAGGUAUACGAAGAACAGAAGACUCGGGGGGAAUCACACCCACUAUUUGGGUGGCACCCAGAGGCCUCGAGUGGAGAUGGACUUGGCAGAAGACCUGGAGAAAGAGCUGGAGACCACAGCCCAGGAAGUGCUGGGGAAACUCAGGAGCGGUGAGCUGUUCCAGUCUAACUGGGACACUGCUGCCUUCAUCAUCUUCCUCAUCUUCCUCGGCACCAUGUUGCUCCUGCUGCUGCUGGUCUGUCUCCACUGCUGCUGCCACAGCUGCUGCAGCCGCCGCGCCUCCAGACCCCGGAAGGUGAGCCCCGAGCAGGAACACCGCAGGGGAGUGGAUAACUUGGCCCUGGAACCUUAACGCAGCGAGCCCCCCAGCCCCCCUGCCCGUGUGUCCUGCUGGCACAGUGCCGAUGCCUUGGUUGUCCGGAGUGUGUUCUGAGCUUCCCUUCAAGGGGUGGGCAGUGUGGGCACUCGCUGCUUUCUCCGGAUGCCCACCUGCUCCCCCACGGCUUUCAGCGGGCUGGACUGUCACUCCAGGUCCCACAGCAACUGCUGACAGCAGGGGAAGCUGGGCUCCAACUCAGUGGCCCGAACCGUGAGGCCGAAAACUUGUCCCCAGCCCACUCAGUCCCUUGGCAGCCUGGAGGACCCCCUCAAAGGUGGGACAGGAGGCCAGGGGCUCCGUCGUUGGGUACUCCA